GAACAAGCUCCAUUAAAUGAACAUAAAGUCAUUAAUUUAUUUAUUCAGAAAUUGUAUUGGUGCUAUGUGCCCUCGCUUGUGAUUUCCACCAGAUGCAGUGGAAAUUACUUUCCGAGAAGAUUACUUAUCUUGGUCUAAUCUCCGUCACACGUUGGUACCCUAUUUGCGCGAUCACGCGCACAUUUAAAACAUUUAAACUGUAUAAAGCAUAUACACAAUGAGGAAGAUUCAGAAGUAUGACUCUUUAGACAAUCUUUUCUUGAUGCGUAUAAUAAAAGCAGCCUAUGCAAUUUUAAGAUGUAUUGUCAUUAUUAUGGCGGGGAAAUGUUUCCGUUACAUGGAGAUAAGCUUGUUUUUAUUCUUGAGAGAUCUGUAUCAGCUGAGGUCAUGUGAAAUGUGCGAUAACACAUAUCACGAUUCACAUCAUUUGCACUGUUGCAGCAACGGGAAAUCCUAUGAACUGAUCUUUAGAACGCGCAUCUUUUAGAUAUAAAAAAGAAAAAUUAUAGAAAAGAAUGUCCACUAUGAAAAAAUUGGCAGCAAUAACAUGGUAAAGCAUUGAUAAUGGAGCGAAAAUUGAGUUUGUUCUAAUGUGAGAAGAACAACGAGCCACGCCCACUAUGUAACGAGUAUAAGAAGCAGUAGUUUAAAAUAUUUACCACAACAACUGAUGUUAACGAUGGCAAGUAGCUCUGGAGAUGUACAGGACCAUCUUACUGUACAGCACAUGGACUGUGCGGCUGAAAAUGACAAUCGAUCGAAAGCCACAGGCAUCCCGUUAUCCAGGAAACUAUGCUAUGCCAUCGGAGGAAUGCCUUAUCAAAUGACUUUAAACGCCAAAGGAUUUUUCAUGCAGAUCUUUUUACUGGAUGUUGUGAAGAUGGGGGCCUCCUAUGCAUCCAUCAUUCUCUUUCUUGGUCGAGCUUGGGAUGCGGUUACGGAUCCUAUGAUCGGAUAUGCAGUGAGCAAGAGUCGCAGCACCAGAUUUGGCAAACUCAUUCCCUGGAUAGUAUUCUCAAUGCCAUUUGGGGUCGUAUCCUACAUCAUGCUCUGGUAUACUCCACAAGACACCAUGUCCCCUGCCUACAGUUUCUGCUGGUACUUCGUGUGGUCUUGUCUGUUUGACACCUUCAUGAGUUGCUACCAUGUGCCUUAUUCUUCCCUAAACAUGUUUCUUGGGGGAAAUGACAGAGAUCGAGAUUCAGCCACUGGUUACAGAAUGGGGAUGGAAGUUUUCGCCACACUGGCUGGAGCCACCAUUCAGGGUCAGAUAGUGGGUGUGUAUCAUGCCAAGAGGUCACAAGUCUGCAGCAUGCAGCAGAAUGACACAAGUCUGCCCGCUGACAACCACACAGCCUCGCUGAAUGAUACAACAGAAAUCCUUCACGAUACAAGAAAGGCCUAUGUGAUUGCUGCAUUAGUAAUAGGAUUUAUGUACUUCAUGUGUUGCCUUGUGGUUUUUCUUGGAGUAAAGGAGCAAUUGGCCCCACUCAGUAAACUGGACCGCAUAAAUCUCCCUUACCUAACGGGUAUGAAGAUGGUGGUGUGUCACAUUCCAUACGUGAAGCUUGUAUGUGGCUUCCUAUUUGCUUCAUUAGCCUUCCAGAUGGCUCAGGGGAAUUUUGCCCUCUUUUGUACUCAUGCAGCAGAUAUGGGAGGAUACUUCCAGCAUCUUGUUAUCAUAUUAUUGACAGCAGCCACAUUGUCCACUCCGUUGUGGCAGGCAUUAUUGGUCAAACUAGGAAAGAAGACCACCAUAUUUAUCGGCUUAUCAUCUUAUAUUCCAGCUUUAAUUCUAAUAUCCCUUUUGAGGAAUAGUUUACCCCUCUUCAUUAUUAUGUCCAUGUUGGCUGGCACCAGUCUGGCUGCACUCUUUCUGCUCCCUUGGUCAAUGUUGCCAGAUGUUGUGGAUGACUUUAAGGUUAAGAACCCCUCUUGCCAGGAUCUGGAACCGUUGUUCUAUUCCUGUUUUGUUUUCUUUAAUAAAUUUGGAGGGGGUGUGGCUGUCGGGAUCUCAACCAUGGUACUACACUUUGCAGGAUACAAGCCAGGUGCCUGUAAACACAAUUCACAAGUCAUAUUCUCACUGCGGAUGCUCUUUGCUCCGGUGCCCAUCUGUCUGUUGCUGAUCAGCAUGGUGAUGUUUUACUUCUAUCCUAUCACUGAAAAGCGACGGCAGGAAAUCCAGACAGCACUGAAGAAAGCAGUGGCAGACAACCCCCAAAAAGGAGAAGAACUGAGUCUAUGAAAUAACAACGCCGUAUUUUACAUGUUGCUUUCACUUGCCUUGCAACAAUCAAGACUUCUGCAACUGUUGAUCAGAAAAACGCUUGUUUUUCUCUGAGUGUAAAGCAUUAAUCCAAUAUGAAUUUAAAGAUGCAGUGUCUUAUGUUGCUUGUUUGUCUAAAAGUAGUCUCGCCCCAGACCACGGGUUGAGGUAGUGUUUCUGUGUUGGGCCGGUCCAACAAAAAAGCAAUAUUUAUUGUAUCGCAGAUCCACUGUAUUUAUUAUGCGCUUGAUUGUGUAGUUUUUUAAUUACAAAAUAAUAAAGCAGCUGUAAUGAAACGUUGGUAAUGAUUAUAAUCCUGUACAAAUAAAAAACUAUAAGUGUAUUCACAUUUUUAGUGCAGAAACCAUCACCUGACUAAAGUAUAAACAAAAUGAUGGUUUGUUUUCGAAUUAACGCAGCGCCCUCUUGUGGCAAGUCUCUUGAAUAGUUAGUAACCAUACGUGCUAUGUUUUUGAUUGUGUUUUCACAUUUUUGCACAAAUUU